AGUAACGCAGCCUGAGCGUUUCCCCUCUCCUUCCUCGCACAGACACGCUCCCCUACCCCGAAAACCCGAGAAACACCCCCAUGACACGGCGGAUUUAAGCCCGCGAGGCCGUCCCGGAUCCCCUCCGCCAGCCUGAGUCCACAUUUAGGGCCCCACCCCUCCCUCCCCUGCCCCGGCCCGGUAGCCAUGGAGAGUUCAUCAGUGGCGUCGGCGUCGUCUGAGGCGGGCAGCACGCGCUCGCAGGAGAUCGAGGAGCUGGAGCGCUUCAUCGACAGUUACGUGCUGGAAUACCAGGUUCAGGGGCUUCUCAGCGACAAAAAUGAAAAUGACCCCGAGGGGGAAAAGACCCAGUCCAACAUCUCCCAGUGGACGGAGGACUGCAGUGACAAAAUAGAUGGGAGUUGGUCGUCCUCUCGGGGGCGGGGCUCGUCCAAACCGGAUGAGUGGGAACACAGCAGCAAUGGCAGUACGGGUUCCAGACCAAGUUCGGGUUCUCGACCUGGAUCCGGUUCUAGAUCGGGCAGCCGAGGCCGAAACAACCAAUUUUGUGCACCUUCCAAGAAUGGAAACAGGGAUGGCUCUUUUGACAUUCUGGGUACUGACAUAUGGGCUGCCAACACAAUGGACUCCCACGGGGGCGCUACGUGGGAUCUGCAGCCAGAGAAACUGGAUUUCUCCCAGUUCCACAGGAAGCAGUUCAGAGGAACACCAAAGCACCUCCCGCACAUCGACCGAGAGGGGAUGAUGAAGGGCAAGUUUGAUGAUGACGGCAUUGACCUCAACGACAUGGAGAAGUUCCUGCCCGGCCUGCCGGUAUUCCCGCCAUUGCCUAAUGAAGCUGAGAUUGCACACACCAAAAAGCUUUUUCGCCGACGCCGCAACGACCGCCGACCCGCCGAGCCACUGCAGGACCAGCUGACCGUGCUGCUGCCCGCCGAGGGGAAACGGCAAGUGUCCAGGAGACAACAGCGCCCCCCUGGCGGAGGAGGCGGAGGAGGGAAAUCCCACAAUCCUCAGCAGCAGCAGCAGCUGCCACAACAGCAACAGCAGCAACAGCAGCCACUCAAUCAAACGCAACAACUCGGCCCCGACCACCAAUCCGAAGGAAGCAAUGUAAAGCACGGGGGGCGGGGCUACCAGCAGGGCCGCGGGUCGCAUCAUGGCUACAGCCAGAACCGCCGCUGGCACCAACACCACAAACAGCAGGCCAACUCAGGCCCGGGCUCUCGCAACACCAAAGAGGCGGAGAGCGUGAGAGGAGAAGAGCAGGAGCACGGGACGGAGAGAGGGAAGGACGGACCCGCAGGAGAGAACAGCAGAAAGGAGGGCAAGACGGAGGGAGGAAAAGUCAGCCUGCUGCAGUCCUCCAAAGAGAGGCUGAGGAGGAGGCUGAAGGAGAAGGAGGACAUUCCGCUGGCCACGAUGGGUCCGCAGAGGAACCGCAUGGACAAGCUGCUAGAGAUCCUGAACAGCAUGAGGAGUAACAGCAGCGGAGUGGAGGGCCAGCUCACCUCCUUCAUGGAGGAGGCUCAGAACUCUGCCGACUCCGAGGAGACGCUCACCGAGAUCGUACAGACCAUUUACAGAAAAGCCGUCAGCGACCGCAGCUUCGCCGCCACCGCCGCAAAACUCUGCGACAGGAUGGCUCUGUUCAUGGUGGAGGGAACCAAGUUCCGCUCACUGCUGCUCAACAUGUUACAGAAGGACUUUACCCGGAGGGAUGAGCUGCAGCAGACAGAUGUGGAGUGCUGGCUGGGCUUCAUCACGUUCCUGUGUGAGGUGUUUGGCACCAUGAGGAGCAGCACUGGAGAACCCUUCAGAGUGCUCGUGUGCCCCAUCUACACCUGCCUACGAGAGUUGCUGGAGUCAGCGGAAGUGAAGGAAGACGCAGUCCUCUGCUGCUCGAUGGAGCUGCAGAGUGCGGGUCGUCUGCUGGAGGAACAGUUGCCGGAGAUGAUGACAGAGCUGCUAGCGGCGGUCAGAGAUAAGAUGCUGUGUCCUUCUGAGUCUCAGCUCACACGCUCUCUGCUGAUGGAGGUCAUUGAGCUCCACGCUCACCACUGGAGCCCACUAGAGGCCCUGACCACUCAGUACUACAACAGGACCAUCCAGAAACUGACCGCGUGACACUAACACACUCAUUAACGCACACGUGUGUGUGUGUGAAGAUAAGAUUCUGCUACAAGAGAGGGCUGGACCUGGAUGGAUGGAUGGAUGGAUGGAUGAUUGGAUGAGUAAAGAGAUGACUGGGUAGAUUUCCUCUUCCACUGCAGUGCCUGACCACUGUUUGAUGUUUAUUCUUGCAAAGGUUGGAUGGAUUAUACUGCAGUGGAUGGAUGGAAGGAUGGACGGAUGGAUGGAUGUUUUUUUUUUUUCUCUCCCACUGCAGUCCACUCCUUGUUUAGUCUUGCAGCAUAUAAUGAAUGAAUGAAUGGGAUGAUGGAUGGAUGGAUUGUACUGCACUAAAGGGUAGAUGGAUUGCAUUGCAGUGGAAGGUUGUGUAGAUGGAGGGAUAAGUGGACAACAGGAUGGAUGAAUGAAUGAAUGAAUGAAUGAUUGGAUGGAGGGGAUGGAUGGAUUGUACUGUACUAAAGGGUAGAUGGAUUGCAUUGCAGUGGAUGGUUGUGUAGAUGGAGGGAUAAGUGGACAACAGGAUAGAUGAAUGAAUGAAUGGGAUGAUGGAUGGAUGGAUUGUACUGUACUAAAGGGUAGAUGGACUGCAUUGCAGUGAAUGGAUGUGUAAAUGGAAGGAUAAGUGGGUAACAGGAUGGAUGGAUGGAGGAGUGAAUGAAUGAAUUAAUGGGAUGAUGGAUGGAUGGACGAACGAAUGAAUGAAGAGAUAAAUUUCCUUUUCCACUGCAGCGCCUGUCCACUGUUUGGUGUUUAAUGGCUGUAAGGAUUGCACUGCAGUGGAUGGAGGGAUGUAAGGAUGAGUGGACAAAUAAAAGGACUAAUGAAUGAAUGAGGAAAUCAAAGAAUGAACGGAUGGAUGAAUGGAUACGUUUCCUCUUCCACUGCAGUGCUUGUCCACUGAUGUCUGUUCUUGCAGUGGAAGAGUGGAUAGGGGGUGGAUGAAUGGAUAACAGGACAAAUGGAUGGGUGGAUGUGGUGCGGAUAAGUGCGUGGGGUUGGCCUAGGGGUCGAGGGUGAAAGGCUAAUGAUAUGCAGAUUUUAAUGAAUAUGUAUGUUCCCCUUUUUAGUUCCACGUCUGCAUGUUAACGAUACGGUCCAGACAUAAAGCCAGACGCCUAUUACAUUAACCAACAUACAGAAAUGCCACAUGCAUAAACAUGAGCAGACAUGACGAGCUGUUAGUUCAGACAGAGGCGUAUGGGGUGAUGAAGGGGAAAAGCAUACGCACAUACAGACGCAUGCGCAGUUACGCACAUACAACACGUAUAAGACAAGUGGCACCAUGCAAAAUUUUUAGGCACCUGAAGAAAAUGUGUUUAUAAAGCUUUUUAACUGGGCAGAAAACACUGAUUUUAGAAUAAAUACAAACAACAAUAAGCAGUGAUUUUGUAUGUCAGUGCAUUCGUUUAACCAUUUCCAGCCCUCUUUUCACGGCACCAGUAUUACUUGUAGUUUUUAUCCAGUAUCUGAUUUACCUAAACACUAUACACUCUCACAAAUAAAGGUACUAAACUGUCACUGGGGCAGUCCCCCUCUUGUCACUGGGGUGGUUCCCUCAAGGGUACAUCUCAGUACCUUCAGUCAGGGAACAUAACUGAACCAUA